GCAUUUCGGCCGGCGCCGUCGCCAUUUUGUCGAGCUGCCUGUCUCGGGCGCCGCCAUGUUGGUGAGAAGAAAUCACCGCCACGGCCACUAUCCAAAUCCCCGUGUUCCUCCACGCCACCCGCUCGCUCCCAAGCCUCGGCCAGCAGCGGCGGAUAGAGACUAAAGCAGCAGCGCCAGCAGCGCCCGGCAGCGAGGGGGGCCAUUGCCCUGUGUUUGCAGUUAGAGCCCCAUCUUUCUGCUGUGAUUGUUAAUAGACUGGAAAAGUCUCUGUGUCUCUCUGUGUCGCUCACUAAGUAACCGUGAGUUUUUACCAAUUCAUCAUCUCUCACCACCGAGUCCCAGCGGCGGCCGAGAGCAGGUGGUGAUCACCGAGUCCAAGUGUGUGUGUCUCUCUCUGUCAGGCAGCAGCAGCAGCAGGGCGUGUGCGCGCUAGGGUCUCUGGUCGGUGGCCACAGGGCAGUGUCCUCCUCGCCACCUCCUGCUGCUCAUCCCUCCACCACCACCUCCACCAUCACCACCUCCUCCACCACCUCCUCCACCAGCCUCAUGGCCUUUGAGAGCCUUUUCUCCAAACCCCCCAACCCCGUUCUUGACAAAAACAUGACAGACUCUGAACAUGCAGGGGACGAAAGCCUUCAAGAUAAUUCCACCGUCAUUGCAAACUUCGUUUGGUGGUACUAGAGAAAGAGAAGAUGGUGAAUUAGAAGAUGGCGAAAUAGAUGAUGCUGGAUUUGAGGAAACACAAGAGCAACCAGAAACAAAAGGAAAUGACAAACAGAAAAGUGAGAGAGCCCACAGAAAAUCAAGAAAGAAACGCAAGAAAGAAAAAGAAAAGAAAAAAUCAAAAAGGAGAAGACGUGAGAAACACAAGCAUAAUUCUCCCUCUAGUGAUGACAGUUCAGACUACAGCCUUGAUUCAGAUGUUGAGCAUACAGAAAGGUCCCAUAAAAAAGGAUCUAGUUCCUACAGGGAUUAUGAUUCAUCAUUUCAUCAGCAUGGACAUUUAUCAGGAAACUACAUGAUAUCACAGAAAAGUCAGCAUAAUAAAAAAUCAAAAAAUAAAGACUAUGACGAAUAUAGUAACUACAGCGAUGACAACUUUGAUAACUAUAAUCAGGAAACAGAAGAAGAUUUUGCUGAUCAGCUUAAACAAUACAGACAAGCUAAAGAAACCUCAAACCCUGCUUUGGGAUCACCAUUUCAUAAGGAAUCAGGGAAAAAACAGGGGAUGAAAGGAGUUCAGCCAGUUGAGCAGAGGAGUAAAAGUUUUAGUGUUUGUCGUGGACGUGGUAUGCCAAAGAAACUAAAGCGCAAAGAGCGUGGCAGAGGGAGAGGCAGUAAAGGACCUAAUGCUUUUUCUGGAACAGAUGGCUUUCAAGAGGAUGGUAAACCUGUGAAAAAAUGGGUGAAUAUGAGUCAAGAGUUCAUAAACCAGCAUACAGUGGAACAUAAAGGAAAACAAAUUUGUAAAUAUUUUCUUGAGGGAAGAUGUAUUAAGGGAGACCAAUGUAAAUUUGAUCAUGAUGCAGAGUUGGAGAAAAAAAAGGAAAUCUGCAAGUUUUAUAUACAGGGAUAUUGCACCAAAGGAGAGAAUUGCAUUUAUAUGCAUAAUGAAUUUCCUUGCAAAUUUUAUCACACAGGAGCAAAAUGUUACCAAGGAGAUAAGUGUAAAUUUUCCCAUGCUCCUCUCACUAAAGAAACAAAAGAACUUCUGGACAAAGUCUUGAAUACUGAAGAGGAACCACAAAAUGAAGAUGAAAGAGAGUUAGAAGAACUCAGAAGGCGUGGCAUUGCUCCUCUUCCUAAACCACCUCCAGGAGUUGGCCUUUUGCCAACCCCACCAGAGCAUUUUUCAUUUUCAGAACCAGAAGAUAAUUUUCAAGGAGAUCUUUCUGAUGAAUUUAAGAAAAUUCCAUCUCUCUUUGAAAUAGUUGUAAAACCUACUGUGGAUUUAGCACAUAAAAUUGGGAAGAAGCCACCAGCAUUUUAUAACAGUGCCUCACCACCAGGACCACAGUUUCAGGGAAACAACCCACAUCCUCAGAAUAUGUACAAUUCAGGGUCAAGUCCAGGUCCUGGUCCUAACAUGUCUCAGGGACACAAUGGUCCUGCAAUGCACCCAGGUUCCCCUGGCCACCACCCGUGUACAGGUCCUCCUGGCCCACCAAUGCCACAUAGCCCACCAUUGCAACCUGGUCCACCUGGAUUUUUAGGGCCUCAUAAUCAAGCUGGAGGACCCAUUCAACCAGGCCCACCUUUAACACCACCUGGUAUGAGUGGUUCCUAUAACUCUAUGGGAGUCCAGGGACAUAUGAUGAACAUCGCUAUGGAAAAUCACUGUUCCUCAGGUCCAUCUUACCAGCAAGGUCCCAGUGAAAUGCAGCUCAGUGCCAACUACGAGCCCCUACAAAACCCAGCUGAAUUCUAUGAUAAUUACUAUUCACAUCAAGCUGUACAUAAUUUUCAGACAGUCAAUAACUCUGGUGAUGGAAUGUGGCAUGGUGAAUUUGCUGAACAUCAGCCUCACAUGGCUCAAGACUCAUUAAACAGUGGAAGUGAGUCAGAUUGCAUCAACACACCAGGUCAUAAAACUGCUAUAAAUGUACCAGAUUUCCUUCCUGCAAUGCAGAAAGCCCUCUUUGUAAGACUUAGUCAGAAACAUCAGGAGGAUGGAGAACCAGUUGGUCACCAGUCUCAAAGGACAUUAAGCAAGGAAGAAGAUGAUAAUGUUAACUGGUAUUCCAGUAGUGAAGAAGAAGAGGGAAGUAGUGUCAAAUCAAUAUUGAAAACUUUACAGAAACAAACAGAGACUCUAAGGAAUCAACAACAACAUUCCACAGAACUUGGUACUCCUACUGAUCCAAGACUUGCUAAAGACAAAAAUACAGGAAGCCAAGCUGUUGAUCCUAGACUUAGGGCUGUCCCAAGACAAAGCUCUAGAAAACCUCCUGAUUCUGCCCCUUUUGAUCCUAGACUUGCACGAGAUCCCAGGAAAUUAAAACUUAAUGAAAGUGGUCAUGCAAGUCCUUCUGUUGGUGGAGGAAAGUUUGACUUACACCAUGCAAAUUCUGGAGUUAAAGUCAAACAAAAAGGAAUAGAUGAUGAAGAAGAAGAAACAGAAAGAGAGCUGAGAGAAAAAGCUUUCCUAAUACCUUUGGAAUCUUUACCUGGUGUAACACUACAAGAUCCAAGGUCACAGCUUAGACAAUUCAGCCAUAUUAAAAUGGAUAUUAUCCUGACCAAACCAAACUUUGCAAAACACAUUGUAUGGGCUCCUGAAGAUUUACUUCCAGUACCCUUACCUAAACCUGACCCAGUUUCAUCAAUCAACUUACCUCUUCCCCCACUUAUAGCUGACCAGAGGCUAAAUAAAUUACGUAAUAUAAAUAGUGAUCUUCAUCAAAGUACAAUGCCAGCUGAUCCAAGAUUAGCAGCAAAAGCCAAAAAUAAUACUACGAGAAGUGGAUACUUGGACCAACCUGGAGAAACCCACAGUCCAGGAAAUAAAUUAGGGGAUCCUAGGUUGCAAAAAAAUGUUGAUCCUAGACUUCAUAGGCUGUCCAAUACAGACUCUCAUCAUGGGAUUGCAAAGGAUCCUCAUCCAUCAAAAUUUGAUCCACGUUUGGCCAGACCUAGUCCUGGUUCAUCACAGAUCUCAGGGGCAUUAACUAAUAAAUCUGAAUCUGAUUCUCUUCCUCCAUAUGCUCCUAAACUGUCAGCUUCAACUGGUGUUAGACUGGGAACACCAAGUUCUAUUCUUAGUGGCAUUAGUUUGUAUGAUCCAAGGGAACAUGGUUCAUUGUCUUUAUCAGAUCCAGCACCACUUUCUUUAGGAGAGAAUGGAGAGAACCAGAAAAAAAUCAGUGGCUUACAAAAUAAUGGCAAAAAUGAGCCUUCUCCUUCAGAAGCUUUGCAGAAGACCACUCCAAAUUUGGAAAAGACUACAGAUGGGCCAAUUGACCCACAGUCAGAUAAACAGAAUAAUACUGUUAAGACUCAGAUUAAACCUGAGCCCCCACACUCCAGUACUGCACCAGCAGUGCACAACCUUCCAAUCCAGGCUUUAACAGGAUUAAUAAGACCACAGUACAGUGAUCCACGACAGACAAGACAGCCAGGACAGGUGAAUCAAAUGCCAGAUAAUGAUCCAAGUGGAGAAUCGGAUGAUAAAUCCCUGAAGGAUGUUUUUAAGACUUUUGAUCCAACAGCUUCACCAUUUUGUUAGCAAUGCUUUAUUAAAAAAUUCUUUUUACUGUUGCGACUAUUGCAGUUCUCUGCUGUUUUGUAACUGGUUUACCUCUAUGCUUUAUUUAUUUUUAAAUUAUAAUUAUCAACACUUUUUCAGCUGCUAAUUCCAGAACCACAUGCAGUUAUAUGCUCUAGUGUUUGCAGAGAUGUGGUAUUUUCUACAUAUUUUUUCAACUUCAGGGAGACUGUAAUAAUUGACACAUAGAAACAGAUGUAUCACGUUAGAGCUGAUGAAAGCACUUUUCAUUGUAAAUAAAACAUCAUGAAGAACUCAGCACUCAACCUGUAUAUGUGCAAGCUGUCUUUCAUAAUCAAUGUUUAGACAAAUAAUUGCCACUUUUGUAUGAUGUAUAGUUUUGAGCAAUACAGUGUACAUUACUUUGAAAUAAAUAUUUCAGACUAAGAUCUUCUGAAUUUAUCAGGCUGACUGAAAUAUAAACAAAUGAAGUAAAAAAAAAUCUUAAUCCUCAUUUUUUAGAGCAAUUGAUGUUAAAGAUAUCACUUUUAUUCAUUGUCAAUAUUUUUUGUGUGAAUGAUAACUAUGUCAUCUACUAAAGCAUUUAAAAUGUCAUAUCUUUUCAAAGUAUUUUCUUCUAUGCUGUAUAUAAAAAAUUGUGAAGUAUGUAACUAAAAUGUUGUUAAAAGGUGAGAAUACUUAAGUUGUCUAAUACAAAACCUUUUAUUUAAUUUUUCACAUAAAAUAGUUCUGAAUUAGUGCUGUAGGUUACAUUGUGGUGUUUAUGUAUUUCAAUGUAUUUUUGUAUUCAGCAGCUUAAUUUGUAUUGCUUUUUUUGUAUUGAUGUUACUGCAGUACUUGUAUUCAUCGUGUCUUCAGCAUUUUUAACAAAAUUUUAAAAAGAUAUAGUGGGAGUCUAUUAGUGACUAUUAAACUGAUAAUGUUCUAAAUGACCAGGUACCGUAUUUUUACUUAUAAUUCUUGGAAAAUAGAAACUACCUGAACCGAUCUUAUACAGAGAUUACUGAUAUAAUCAACUGUACACAAC